UGAAAGCAGAGAUCGCAUUUUUGGUAAUUCUAACGGUUAUGUUAAUGACCGUCGUGCAAACAACACACAGUAGCAAAAUUUUGUUUUUGGCCCCUUUCAAUGGGCCAAGCCAUUGGUUAAUGCUGAAGAAUUUCAUUCGGGAGCUGACCGGCCGGGGCCAUGAGGUGACCUGUAUCACUGGACUGAAAUUUGGUGAAACACUUGGAAACUACACCGAAGUGCUGAUCGAUCCACCAUAUCCGCUGCAAGACAAAUUUCCACUGGCGGAGUUAUAUAAUUCGAAAAGCUACAGCAGUGAUUUGAACAAUCUAUUUUUGUACUGGCGACUAGGUUUGGCAACAAGUCGCCAUGGACUUGAAUCAAAAAAUGUGCAAAAAUUUUUAAAUCGCGGUGACCUUCACUUUGACCUGAUAGUUUCCGAGCAGUUCUUUCAGGACAGCUGGCUGAUGUUUGCUCAUAAGUUCCGUGCUCCUAUCGUUACAAUCAGCACCUACGGAUACUCGGACUUCAUGGAUCGAGCAAUGGGAUUGCUAACACCCUGGUCCUGUGUGCCACACAUGCUACUGGACUACGAAUCCGGCAUGAACUUUUUCCAGCGAGGCUAUAAUGUCUUCCUAUCAUCGGUAGACUACUUAUUACGAGAAUACUACUACAUGCCUGAGAUGAAUAAAAUGGCGAAGGAAUUUUUCGGCGGCUUGGAGUCAAAACAGGGUUCCCUACCAUCAGUUCAGAGUCUGGAGAAAUCUAUUUCAGUCAUUUUAAUCAACAGUCAUCCUACGUUAGCCAAACCACGCCCAACAAUGAUUACCCUUGUGGACAUAGCUGGGGCUCACAUCCGCCCAACAAAGCCUCUGCCUCGUGAUAUAAAACAAUUCAUGGAUGAAGCAGAACAUGGUGUAAUUUACUUUUCCCUGGGAGCGUACAUGCAAAGCUCCGCAAUGCCAAUUGAAAAACGCUUGACGCUGCUAAAAGUGUUUUCAAAACUUAAACAACGCGUCAUAUGGAAGUUCGAAACCGAUCAAAUAGACAACGUACCCGAUAACGUAAUGGUGACGAAAUGGGCUCCGCAAAAUGACAUUCUAGCUCACGAAAAAGUUAUCCUUUUUAUAUCGCAUGGAGGACAAUUUGGAACCUUCGAGUCCAUGUACCACGGAGUGCCCGUAUUGUUUAUACCAUUUUUUGGCGACCAGCAUCGAAAUGCUAUCCGUGCAGUACGGAAUGGAUUUGCGGCAAAGAUCCUGUUUGCUGAUAUCACCGAAGAAUCCAUUACUGCUGUUCUACGAGAAUUAAUCGAUAACAAGCAAUAUUAUCGACGAGCAAAGGAGAUUUCGUUCCUGUUCCGCGAUACGAUUGUGGACCCGAUGAAUGAAUCCAUCUUCUGGAUGGAGUAUGUUAUUCGCCACAAAGGCGCACCACACUUGAAGUUCAAUGCCGUCAAUUAUUCAAUCGUUGAGUAUUUGCUGCUUGAUUGGGUUGCCAGUGCGGUAUUGGGGUUAAUAGUAGUGAUAGGUGCUCUGCGAAUCUUUUGCCGGCGGAAAUCGACAAAAACAACUGAUAAGAAAAAAAAGUAUAAAUAAUGUUUCAAGUGGCGUAUUUUAAACAAAAGACCUUGAGAGUAGGGUCUCCUCUGAGAGUGAGCCUGCCUUUCCAGCGUAGAGGAAGUUCUUGUCUUUGCAAAGCGUCAUAAAACUAAGGACAGUAGCUCUCACUUGUUGACAAUUGUUUCACCAAUAAUAAGAGAGAAUAAAAGG